CUUUCCUCUAUUCAAGUAUAACUCUUGUCUUUUCGCGUAAAUCGUCAAUUUCGUGAAUGCCUCGUCUGUGAAAUUUAGUUCAACUUGUGCUCUCCAAAGGUUCGCAUUCGCUUCAUUUCUUAAACGGACAACAAUUCGCAAGUGCUUUCCAAAAAUAUUAUACGUAUAACUAGUGUCUGCAUAAGUGAACAAAAAAAAAGGAAAAAAUUGAACCAUAAUUUGAUUCCUUAAUUCCUUAAUUUCUGAUUUGGCAGACACACAAAUUAUGUGCAACCUUAGGAAAGCAUCUUCAGUUCUACAAAAGUUAUUUGUGUGUGGAACUUUAAAAUACGGCCAACCAAGUCAUUCCAUUUUGUCUAAUAAUGCCAAUGGCUAUGCAAAAUACUGGUGUCGUGCCACAACCGCUGAGAAGCUGCCCCUGGUCAUAGCUACCCGUUACAACAUACCAUUCCUGCUGAAUAAACCUGGCAUAGGAUUUUAUGUCACUGGUGAAAUUUACGAAGUAGAUAAUAAGAUGUUAAAGGUUUUAGAUGAUUUAGAAGAUUGCCAGGAUAUAUACACGCGGGAAAUGCUCGACAUGAAUAUUGGUGUCGGAGAGGGCACGGUACCCUGUUGGGUUUAUUUGCUACAAAAAUAUCCGGAAAAAUUAUUGAAACUUGAAUACCUGUCAAGCUAUGAAAACAAUGAAAAACAUCCAUACGUGAUACGUCAUCAACGCCACCAUAAAUAUCCACCAAACGAAGAUCUCUCCUAUACUGCCACUGCUCAAUAACAAUUUAAUGGCUGAUCAUCACUUGUUAUAUAAAAAGAUGUGUACUUAAACGUUUUUCCGGUAUACAAAGUUUUUACAUCUUCUCUUGCGUAAUAUCAUUGAUACUUAAAAUAAUGUUAAAAUUAAAUGAACAACACUUAAAGAUAUAUAUACAAUAACGAAAAAAAUAUA